UAAAUCUCUCGCCCCUCUACCCACCUCUACACACUCUACCCACACCCCCCAACGUCGGUGACAGUGCAUCACUCGGUAUGCGAAUUGUGAAAUUUGGUAGCUGUUGACGAGACGCUCUGUCCAACAGAGCUUUUUCUUAUAGUGCGAAUGUCAGGAAUUCUUCUCGUCCACUGAGUGCUACCUGCUUUGUAGGAGUGCUUCUUGCAAUGGAAGAUUUCCUUGAAAUUAUCACUAAGACGGAACGAAAGGGGAUGGAAAAAUGUUUGGAACGCUUUUGCAAUGAUUAUGCCACAAAGAUGAAGUUCAAUGAGUUGGAUAAAGGCGAUUUGCGAUCUGCAGUCUGGGGUGGAAUUUUCAGAAGUUUAUCUGAUGAAAAUGAAUUCAAAAUUCAUCCCAAGUGUUUGGAGGCACUCAGAAUCCUCAGUCGGGAUAAGACAGAUCUAAACCAGUUGGUAACGGAUGAGAGACUGAGCACGAUCAUUCAUAAAGCAGGCGUGUCAGAUGAUCGUUUAGAACUUUCUUAUGAUGUAGCCAUUGUGGAAGCAUUGAAACUCCUCUGCAAUGUAAUAUAUCAUUCUGAAGUGAUUCAAAUUCAAUUACCAAAGACAGAAUGUCUGAAAAAUCUAGUCAAGAGAAUCCAGAAUCAAAAUUCGAAAUGUCAAUUCACCUACAACAUUGGAUUAUUAUUCGACAUAAGACUUUUAUUUCUGGCAACAGCAUAUGACUCAACGUGUCGGAAUACUUUGAAAGAGGAAGUGAAAGCUGAUGUCGAGUUGAUAAGGACUUUGGAUAGAUUAUCCCACGAAAUUAAAUCAGAGAAGAAUGAGGAAUUGACAGAGAAUUAUGUUGGAAUUGCAUGUGAAAUAUUGAAGGCACUUUUCAAUUUAUAUCUAGACUCGGAUGAUUCUACAGAUUGUCUAAAAAGUCAGCAUGAGAAAUUGGUUGACAUUCUUUACACACUAUUAUUGAUUAAAUCGAAAACGGAUGAUAUACACAGCCAUACUGCGAAUUUACUCACUGUCAUUCCACUCAGCUCUUUUCGUCCAAUUAUUCCCUCCGCAAAUCUAAUAAAAAAAGUCGUGGGUCAUCACGUUUAUGAGAAUAUGGAUAUGACAGCAGUCCAUCAAUUAUUAUUGUUAUUGGACAAGAGACUGGAUAACCCUCAGAAUUUAAUUGACAAUAUUUCUCCAGUUGUCACUGCUCUGGUGAAUUUGUCGAAGAGUCAACGAUUGAUACGAAAAUGGAUUAGGCAGCAAGUUCUGCCAUCUUUGAAAAGACGGGAUGUGAUGCAUAGGCCAGAAGAGGACCCUCAUCUUAGAGGGAAAUUAUGCAAAUUGCUAACGAGCCCAAUUACUGAAAUUCGAGAUCUUGUGGCGGAAUUUUUAUUCAUUCUUUGUAAGGAAAAUGUAGGAAGGAUGAUCAAAUACACUGGUUAUGGCAAUGCAGCAGGGAUGUUUGCUAAUAAGGGACUAUUGGGUGCAGUACAAAGGGAAACAGAAUACUCAUCCGAGUCAGGAGGGAGUGAUACUGAGGAGUAUGCUAAAUACAAGGAAAAUAUAAAUCCAGUUACUGGAUGCUACGAGGAAGUUAAACCUAAUCCACUUGACGGGAUGACUGAGGAACAAAAGGAGCAUGAAGUGCUGAACCUAGUGAACCUCGUGAACCAAUUGACAGAUAACGGAGUAAUUCAACCAUGCACCAUAGGCGAAGAUGGAAAACCCAGGCCAGUUCAACACGUCCUAGAACUUCAGGAAGGACUACCAAAGAGGCAAAAAGCUUUCCAGGAUGAUAAUGAUUCAGAAUAAAAUGCAUUAACCGUCAAUUUUAAUUUUUAAUUUAUUGUAAAAGAACAAAGAACAACGUUACAAAUUAAACAAUUGGCAGGAGAUAAGAAAUAUAACUUUCCAAAAUCACA